GUUUUCAUUCCUGCUACGCUGCAAAGAACAGACAGAAACACACAACCGACCGCGUUUACAACCAUGUUAAAACCUGCUGAAAAAAACAUUUUUAGGUCAACACAAGGUUGAGUUUUUCCACUUUUUUAGUUUGCUUUGUGGGAAACAUUCGCCUCAACACAAUGGGGACUCAGCUGGUUGGUUUUUGCUUGGCAAUCAUCGGCUUCAUGGGAACGAUUCUCAUCUGCGCUCUGCCCAUGUGGAAGGUGACGGCAUUCGUUGGAACCAACAUCGUCACCGCUCAGGUGUUUUGGGAAGGUCUGUGGAUGAACUGCGUGAUCCAGAGCACAGGUCAAUUGCAGUGCAAGGCCUAUGACUCCGUUCUCGCCUUGUCUCAGGACCUGCAGGGUUCUCGGGCUCUCGUCUGCGCCUCCGUUGGCGUCAGCGUUGUGGCCAUCGGGCUCAGCAUCGUUGGGGUUCGGUGCACCAACUUCUGCCGCUACGACAGGUUGAUGAAAUCCAACAUUGGCAUUGGUGGAGGAGUGGUGUUUAUCAUCGCAGGCGUGCUGUGCAUCAUUCCCGUCUGCUGGUCGGCUUACAUCAUCAUCACGGGAUUUAACAACCCAGUGGCGACGGACGAGAGGAGAGGGGAGUUGGGAGCCUCCAUCUACAUCGGCUGGGCGUCUGGAGCGCUGCUCGUCAUCGGAGGAGGGAUCCUGACAGGAAGCUACAGAUGCUGAAGAAGAAGAAGAAUGAUCUGCACUGUGCCGUCCAUCGUAAACAUGCUGAAGGUUUACGUGUAAAAUAGAGUCUCUAAUUGAAGUCCCAUUUUUGUCAUUUAUUUCAAAUCAUAAUUGCACUAAAACGACAAUGGUUUAAAAAAUGAUGCUUCAAGUAACUGCACAACUUCAGGACGUGAAGGGAAAAAAUGUAAUGAAAUAUUAUAAGCUCUCCACAUAUCUAAAUUUUAUUUUGAAGAAUUUGAGAAUCAGAGUUGUCUGAAUGCUGAAAUUAUUUCUGAUAUUUGUUCUUUUUUCUAUGCGUUUACUGGAGUUACAUUGGUUUAAGCAGCUGUCUUCCUUUAACUGUGAAGUCGUAUUGUGACAGUUAUACCUUUUAGUUUAUCAUUUUUGGAAUUACAGAAACUUUUGCUUUGCUUUACAAAUGAAUGUAGCAUUAUGUUUUGUAUGUUAUGAAUAAAUUUUUGGUACUUGUCUAU